AUCAUUAGAAGUAAAGAAAUUGCUCAAGGUUAUCCUGGUUUAUAAUUAUUAUUUAUGAUACCAUUAACAUGCUACACCUUAGCUGACAGUUGACAGUAAUUAGGCUGAAUUCAAAUGUCGUCAUGGUAUAUCUUCUGAAUAUACUUUCUGAAAUGUAUAAUGUACGCAACAAAGCAAUUUUCAUGAAAAUGAACAUAAACUGAACAUAAAGAUUUGCCAGUAGACUCGAACUUGUAGAUAGACUUGCGUUUGCUCACGUUGACCUCUCCAAUAUGGCGACUGCCGAUGGAGCCACGUCUGUCGAUUGAACUGCAUUGACUUACAAUUGAGUGUAGACCUCUCCAAUAUGGCGGAAGCACUGACGGCUUGUAAUAGCUAGCACUCGCAACGGCUUCCUGCUUGCAGUGUUGCCGUAGUUACCGGACGCGUGCCUAUUAGGUUUCACUGUAAAACAGAUAUCCGUGUAAAGGACAAAGGGAGUUUUUUAACGGCUAAAGCGAAACAAGGCCGGUCUAACUGUACAACAGAAACGCCGAGAUGAACUCACAGAGGCUGAAACGCAUUAUGGUCUACCGAUCAUCCACCUGUCUCAAACCUUCACCCAAAUCCGUCAGGAGCUCUACAAACUACAUAGAGAGGAUGCCACCAGAGGUCACUGAGAAGAUUAUUUCAUAUUUGGAUGCAGAAUCCCUUUUCUGCCUUGGCUUCGUCAACAAGCAUUUCCAUGAGCUGGCUGAAAACAACACCAUGUGGUAUCACUUUUACACCUGUCAGCGAGCAAAAACGAAGACAUCCAGGCUAAUAAAGGAUGUGACAGAUGGAGUGGACAUGGCCAGCAUUCAGGAAAAGCCUAAGGGAUACUGGAGGAGAGUUUUCUUUAAAGAACUGGCCAGUCGUAAUGGAAGCUGGAAGAGAAAACUCAAAUCCAUUCAUUCUUACACAGGACUGCCAAUUCGAACAGUUGAAAUUCUCAGGAGUUUGGGUGUCAUGUGGGAGAUCACAGUGAAGGAAGCAAGAGGACAUGAGAACAGAAUUAAACACUCUCACGUGUACUUUGGCCAAGCCUCUCUGACUGUUGGAUGGAGUUCAGGAAACUGGCCAAUUCUGGAUAAACCUACUACACUAGAGCUGCAUGGAGUGAUGCUUGUGCCCAUUAACUGUCCAGUCACAUACAGACCAGGCUGGAGAUCACUCUUACGAAAAUUUAUUGUGAAGAAGGACGGUGGGAAAUUAUGCAGUUCAGACAGGGUCAUCUCUUUGCUGUACAUUGAGAAAGGUGUAACUGUGGGGGUUUGGCAGAAGCAACAGGAAAUUGCAUUUGUCCUAGUGAACUUACAUUAUCACAGGCUUGUGGAAAGAAAUCUCCUGGGGUCAUCCACUACUCCGUAUGAGUCAACAGACAUGCAAGCCCAUUUUGAUGACAUUGAUCCUGUUUAUGGCUUGCAUGGUUACAGUGUGCACCUUGAGCUGCACAACACAGUCGAAAGCAUUGCAUCAGUCAACUUUUCCCAGCUGUUCUGCAGGAAAGAUCAGAUUGCUGAUGGGUACAUCCCUUUGCAAGUUAUCAGUAAAGACAGCAGAUCACGACAAACCCCUCUGUGUGGAAAAACCAGCUUGCCUUGGAGGACUGAAGUACUACAGGGACGCAUAGAGACAUCAUGGUGUGGGCUGUUUUUCAUCACAUGGUACUGGCAGACGUCAUAUAAUUGAAGGAACGAUGAAUGGAGCCCUUUACCAGGAGAUUCUUGAGAAGAAUCUGCUGCCAUCCACCAGGAUGAUGAAGAUGAGACAUGGGUGGACCAUCCAGCAUGACAACAAUCCAAAGCAUACAGCAAAGGAAACUCUCACUUGAUUUUUUUUAUUUUUUAUUUUUUUUUUGAAACCAAGUUAGAAUUUAGAAUUUAAAUUCAAGUUAUAAGGUUAAAAUUUCCUAGUAAAUCACCUGAUUUAAAUCCAACUGAACAGGAUUUAAAGACAAUAUGUUUACAAGAAUGGGCCAAAAUCACACCUAAAUACUGCGACUGAUUAAUUUCCUUCUACAGGAAGCAUCUUGACGCUGUCAUUACAAACAAAGGCUUCUCUACUAAGUAUUAAAAAAAUUUCAGUUAGCGUGUUCAAUA